GAGACAGGCAUUGUGUACACGGUGCAAUUUGCCAGCUACGCAGCCGGUGGAGUAGUUGCAGGCGCAAGCUGCUCAUUCCACGUGCGAUGUGUCCGAUGCGUGGUGCUGCCCGAGUUCGAUCCGGGAGCGCUUUUCCUGGUGGUAAAUCGGCAACAAGCUUUCCAACCUACAGUAGACCGGCCGCAUUACUGCGAAGAGUUCCAUCAGUAGCUCAGUGGAGAUAUGUCCACUUUACAAGCAGCAGAAGCAGGAGACUCAGGUUCAAUCCCGCGUUUGGAAGCCUUUUACUCGCUUGUGGGACUGGCGUUGUCAUCCCUCGGAUACCUUCUCGUGGGUCCAGCACCUUUCCUUCACAGCACUCGAUAAGCGACCAGAUCAACGCGAGCCCCGGCUGCGUUCAAGCACUACCGUUCAUCAUGAGUGCGCCCGUGGUCUCAGACAUGCCAAGACGCGGAGAGCGGCAGGUCUUCCAAAAGGCCUCCUCCGAGCGCCUCCAGAACGACGACUUUUCCGGAGAAAAGAGUGCCACGAAGCGGACGUUUCCUUGGUACGGAUCCUCGACGAGAGUCGAACCUGCACAGUCGUCGAAGGGUGCUCCAGAGGGAUGUCUGCAGAGGCUCAAGAAGGACGCGUGGCUCUUCCCGCUGGUGUACUGCGAGUUCUGGAUUUCGGCAGCCUUCUCGCUCUUCCAGCCUUUCUUUCCUGUACUCGCUUCGUCAAAAGGUCUGGACGCCUGGAAGUACGGAUUUGUUUUUUCAGCGAUGAAGCUUUCUAUGUUCCUUGGAUCUCUCUUCGGGGACAAAUUUAUGGCUGCUACGUCUCCGGUAACUUGUUAUCUGUUGGGUCAAGGCGGUUUUUUUCUGUUUACUAUAGCAUUUGGGUGUUUGUACUGGGCACCAGGCGGUAACGUUCUCCUUGGUCUAUCCAUUGCGUUGGUGACUAUUGGAGGCUGUACAAACACAUUGUACCUCGUCAGCAUGUUCGCCGUCUUCACAACGCGCUUCCGGAACAACACAGGGUAUAUCGUGGCGUUCCUGGAGUUCCUGUGGGGAUCAGGCAACAUGGUGGGUUCCGCCAUCGGUGGAGCACUCAUUGACGUAUGGGCCUUUCCCCUUCCCUUCUUCGUGCUGGGCACCAUCACGAUACUGCUAUUUCCUGUGAUUUGGAGUAUGGGUUCUAAACUUAACAGCGUUGGAGGAGAGGUGGCGUCCGAAGAGUGCGCAGAUCUACCUCACCUCAAUUACAACAAAUUCUUUCGAGAUCCAGAGUUUUUGGUGGCCAUGAUAUCACUCAUGCUGAGUUGGAUUAUGCUAGGCUUCAACGAACCCACUUUGGAACCUAGUCUCAGAGAUUUUAAUCUGACCAGCACUGGUACUGGCGAAGUGUUCACGGCGCAGUUUGCCAGCUAUGCAGUAGGAGGAAUAAUCGCUGGCACAAUGUGCGCUUUUGAUCUGGAAUUAUUCUACGUAGUUCUGGGAACUUCAUUCUCUGCAAUGGGCUACUUACUGGUUGGGCCUGCACCAUUCAUGCAGCACAUUCGAAAACUUUGGGUGGUCUACAUUUCACAGGUUCUCAUGGGACUAGGGAUGUCCGCUCAGUUCAUUUGCGGAUACUGCCGCGGGCUCAAACUGGUAGAAAUUCGAGGAUACCCGGAUAGCAUUCGCUCCAGCGGCUUUGUAUCAAGUUCAGUGUUCACCUUCGCGGUUUUUGGAUCCAUGGUGGCACCUCCUGUCGCUGGCUACUUGGUUGAUACAUUUGGCUACAGAAACGCAACGAUGGCAAUGUUUGGACUAUUAGUGGCCUGGCUGCCUGUCCUGCUUGUGUUAUGGUUGAAAUCGAUGUUUUUCGCCCACAAAUCACGAAAGUUCAUAAUGUGACGAACGCACUUUAAUGCAGAGCCUUCCUACUUUUUAAGAGUUUUGUAAGAUUUAGUUAAGCCAGUCACUUAAAAGGUCAGGGCAUUUUACUUCCUUUUUGUUUACUUAGUUCGCUUCACAUUUUAUUUUAAUAUUGUUGCUAUGAAAACACAAAUAUCAAAACGGCAUAAAAUCUGAAAUUAAUAUUUUGCUUUUUUUUCUCCUCCAGAUAAUAAUGCGUUUUAUUAGCUUCUAAAUUACAGAUAUCGUAUAUUUUAUGGGCCCCAAUAUUACGUCAAGCGUGCGUAGCUCUGUUUUGAUUUUGCUUUUGUAAAUACUUAUCACUUUGUGAACUUGUGCUCUUCGCUUGUAAUAUUUUGCCGUGUCAGAAUAUUUAGACAUGAGAUUAUGCCCUUUGUAAGGGAAGUACAACCGGAAUAAAUAGAGCAAAACAAAGGCA